AUUUCAACGAUUGUACACGCCUCCGUCCCCGGCUUCCACAAAAACAAAACAAACCGGCUUUGCGCCGUCGAACUGAUAGUCUCCCAGAAAGAGUUCGCAACUAAAAGCCGAACAGAGUGAGCUCUCUGAAAACGAAAGAAAAUGCACUCAACACGAAGAAGACAGAAGAACAGUUCUCUGGGUUUGCGUGUGUGCGCUCCUUGGAAGGAUUCUUUGUAUUAUUCUGGGGUCGUGGAGGCUGUUAAAAGUCGUCCUACCGGCGAAAGUACAUAUACCGUGCUAUUCGAUGAUGGCUACAUCGCCGAAGUUGAUGAAGAUGAGUUGGUAGGUCCUGGCUUUGCCACUGCAAGUUCUGUUCACCUUGCUUCGGGACAGCGUGUUUUUAUUACAUACAAUGGAAGGGAAGUUGCUGCACGCGUUGUGAAAAACAAGCCUGAUUUGAAGAAAGUUUUAGUUCGCGUGUCAGAUCACGGAGAACACACGAUGGUGAUGAAUCGUAAAGACAUUCGCUUACUCAAAGCACAAAAACACAGAGCAACCCUUAAACUGCUGGAGGAUUCACCGCCAAACGAAUGUCCUAUUCCCCAGAAGAUCAAGCCGGUGGAAAACAUCGAGUCUUCAAUGACAGAAGAAAAUCUUACACGAAGCGAAGAAAUGGCAGCUUUAGUCCUCACUGCACUGUCAAUCUCUCCGAUUCUGAAGGAGCCCGAUAAAGGUCAUGGAGAAGAAGCGAUUUUUUCUUUCUCUCCCGAUUCCGGGGCCGACAUGGCAUGGUCUUACAGUCCAUCAAAUUCACCGACUAUUUCAACUUCGCCAAAUUCCCUCGAAGAAUUCCAAUUUCCUCAAGACCACGGCGCUGAAAAUUCAGAUGAAGGCAUUGGGAUUGACUUUGUCAGAAGAGAUAGAACAAGAAAGCGAAAGAACUCGACUUCCUCUACCGGCGGCUCCAAGAAGACGCUGUACCAUUGUACAUGGCCCGGGUGUUGCAAGAUCCUCUCUACUGCUCCCGGCAUUAUUCGCCAUGUUCGGACUAUUCAUUUAGGCCCGAAAAGACACUCGGAAGACGGCUUCAGCGACGGUGAAGAAGAAUUCUACUUCACUGAGAGAGAAACAGAUGGCGAUGAAUACUACGCUAACGACCCAUUCCCUCAUCCCCUUGCACUCUCACCCACCCCUACACAGUCACAUUUCGAUAUGGUAAAGUCCCCCUGGACCGAGCCUGGUUUAAGCCCAACCUUGAUGGAAAAUUCCCCGCAGAAUCUACACUUCAACUGGGAUUUAAACCCCACCGACCACACCCAAUUCGUGCCUUCCAAGGCAGCGGCCAAGCCAAGCUCGCCCACCCGGACAACUCAGCAGUACCACACGAAGAAGGUCAGAGGAGACAGCAAGAAAUGCAGAAAAGUAUACGGCAUGGAAAACCGGCACCUUUGGUGCACACAGUGCCGCUGGAAAAAAGCUUGUGUUCGUUUCACCGACUGAGUCAACUGUACACCCCAUCCACACACAUACAGCACAUACGAGAAAGAAUAAUUUAUCAAGAUGUAUAUAGGUUUUUACCAUAUACAAACACUAUAUUUUUAUGGCAAAGGACAUUUAUCUAAGCCGUUCAUCCAGACGGACAGUCGAAUAUUUUUCCCAGUGACAUCAUAUGAUGGUUUAGGGAGCUAAGUUAUUUACCAAAUAAUAAGUACUGUUCGGUUUCACGCCGAGGUUAAUACUUAUAAGGGCACUAAGAGAUAUUUUCUUUGAUACCCGAUAAAAUUCAUACAUCAACUUAUAAGUGAAAUCCCGAAUUGUAGUUUAUAUUUACAGGGGAAAACCCGCGAGGAAUGUUAAAACUACUAUUGUUUGUAGUUGCUGUUAAAGUUACCAGAGUUCUAUAAAGUAUAUAUGGCCCGUGCAAUAAAUCGACUUUUAUUUGUGCUCGUCUUGAUAUUCAAGGCAGUGGAAAAGGUUUUUAGCCGUGCUUAAAGAGCGAAUGAUCGCGUCUAAAUAAAUUCCAUUCACUUAACAUUCA